ACCAGCAUGAACUUGUGUACAAAUGUUUCCCCUUGACACUGAAAGUUACUAGUACCUCGCACAGGAGCACUUUUGCUAUGUUCAUUGAAACCUCUACGAUAGCAUGGUCGCUGGUUCAACAUUCCCUACUCUACUGAUAUUGUGCUGCACGCUAGGGAUGCGAAUGCUGUACGGAUAAGGUAGUUAUUGGCGACUGCUUAAGAUUGGCGAAUUCUGAGCACGAGUUCUCUCACGCCUGGUAGAAUUUCCCGCUCGGACAUUGUACCAUACCAUCGGCGGACUGUGGCGCAAGUCCCCUUCUCUCAAGCUGAUCUCAUAUAUUGUGUAUCUUCGCAUCCUUUCUAACAAGGCGAGGUAGGCAUGAAGAAGUCGAGGAGAUUUCCAGUUCCCAAGACUGUGGCUCGCCUGUCAUGUAUCGGGACGAAUAGUCAAACGUCGUCAACUACGCCACAACCUCCAGUAAGUGCUUUCUCAAAGCUUAGAGCCGGCUGUUUAUCUCUAUAUGCUUCGACUCAGGUGGCUUCUGUGGCAUCGACACGACGCGAGAUAACACAGCCUACAAGUCCAGAUGCGCCACGCCAGCUGGUUCAGGACUCAGACGGAGAUAGGUCUUUACCUCUGUCUAAGUUGAAGAAACUCAACGAAUCGCUUGAUAACGGGCCUAGUGUUUCUUUCAACGUCAAACCUGAAGCUUCAAAGGAGACCGCCGCUGCUUUGAAGUUGAAGACUGUACUGUCCUCAACUGCCGGUAACACCGAACCUAUUCCGGAAUCAGAUGCUUGGAUUGAACUGGACAAGAGAUACAAGCAAAAUGAUCAGAUAAUGGUCAAGAAAUGGAAUGACGAAAUAGAGACGUUGCUUAUUUUUGCCGGUUUGUUCUCUGCGGUAGUGGCAUCUUUCAACAUCGAGGCGUACAAGAUGUUGUUACCGGAUUCCAACGAGAUGACAAACCUUUUGUUACAACAAAUAUCCUCGCAGCUCGCCAGUUUCACUGUCAAUUCUGGUUUUCUGAAUUCGACGCACAUUCCUGUGGUCCCUCAGAUCAACUUCGAACCAUCCUCGGUUGCUGUCAGGGUCAACACUUACUGGUUCUGCAGCCUCGUCUGCAGUUUGAUUGUUGCAUCUUUGGGAAUGCUUGUGAAGCAAUGGCUUCGUCAAUAUACGGACGGUCAUCAGACAUCCCCUAAAGAGCGAACAUGCGUAAGAGAGCUUCGCUUCCGUGCACUGACACGCUGGGGCGUUUUCGGCUUAAUGGCGUCGCUUCCAACAAUAUUACAACUCGCCCUUAUCCUCUUCUUCCUAGGACUGAUGGAAUACCUAAACUCCCUGCACCCUACGCCCUUCUAUGUCGUCUCUACACUUGUUGGGUUGUGGUUGUUAGCUCACCUAGUCACCACCGUCCUCCCCACCAUUCGCCCUACGUGUCCGUACAAAUCCCCCCAGGCAUUACUUCUCUAUGCAUCAUGGUCCAAGCUCAUCCGCAGAAAGCCACUCUCAUCACCUUCGUUGCCUUUCUUCUCAUGGGGGCUUAGUGAUCAGGAGAUGGAGCUUGACAGCACACUGGAGAAGGAAACUCUGGUUACAGCAGAUGCUACGUUCCCUGACAACCACUUCCUGGAGAAAACCAUUGGACGAUGCCUCCGAGAUUUAUCGCCAUCUAAUGGUAUAGAUUGUAUCCGUCAGAUUCUCUUGCAGCGUGUUCAAGCGCGGAAGGACCAUGGCACAUUCGAGAACACCGAAGUCCGAAUAUGGAAUAUCUCUGCGAAGAGCUUGACUUCCGUGCUGAAGCUGUUGAUCGACACGUUGGAUCAGAAGGUCGGUUCGAACAUAGUCUACAGCCGUGUACCGGAAUGGAUUCUGGAUACGUUGCGAUUCUUCAAUCGUGCUGCAAGAAGGCUCCCUCAUAUUCUGGAUGGUGCUCUGGGCGGACAGUUAACUCAGGUGUUGUUGAAGCUGGUCUCUCAUUCUCAGCCUUUGAUAUCUAUGAGCGCUCUCUUGGUUCUUGAAACGAAACCUGACCUGUGUAAGAUGGACUGUAUAUCACCUGACUGGCCUGUAUCCAUCUUUUGCCAGGUAUUGGACAAUAUCGACGAAUUCGCACGGGAUCCGGGGGAAACUCGUCCUCCUACAAUUCCAAUGGAACCCCUCGCAUUAUGUGCUGCGACACUUGGUUUAGCCACUCACGUGCGGAUUUCUGACCCAUCUGAGGCUGACACGCUAAAGAAAACCUUGACGAAAACGUUACACUCCAUGGCCAUCAGUCAUGCGGCAGAGAAGCAGAAGGUAGCUUAUCAGGAGCAUGUGUUGCUGUGUGCGGAAUAUUACAACAAGCUGGAGACAUCUUUGCCCAGUUUUGACGUUGAGCUCCAGGAUUUGAAGCUAGUUCUGGACAUCAAACGAGGGAUGGCAAAACUUAAAUUAUAAAUGGUAAGCGCCGCCCUUUGCGUCUCUUCCGACGGAUGAGCACCAUUUGGCCAAACACCGAUUGUAUUAUAGUGGUAUAUAUUCCCUGUGAAGUGUCCUGACAUUUGGAAUGAAGAGUUGUGCAGAUGGCGCUACACGUAGUAUCACCGGCGACGCACAUCGUCUAUAAAUCCUAUGAAAUCGAAAUUCCUUGCCUGUCUACAAUUGUUCGGUUGUGGUGUAAUCUUAUUGUCGAGCUUUCAAGUUUUAGCUAGCAGUUUUCCUGUUUUGCCUAAAGUAUUAUAUCUACAUGGCAUAUCUCGCUGCUUGCUUGAUGGGGUCGACGGCGCGAAAGUACUGGAAUACGCAGCCAAAUGGAUACUACUAGUCUCAGAUCGGAUCUACAUGGAAUACUGCUCCUGGCAGAUUUCCGUUUGUCCUACCAAGUUCCAAACUGCAGUUACAGUAGUCUACUGUCAUCGUGAAUGAAGUCAUGCAGAUGAAGAAACCGAAAGAUGACUAGGCUACGGCCGAGAAGUCAAUUCAAGCAUCGGCGAUGACUGUGCCCAGAAUGCUAAGUACCUAUUAGGGG